GCAUCAAGCAGCUCUUGAAGACCCCAAAACAGAACACAGAGCCUACAGAAGUUUUGUCAGGCAUCAGGCGGCUCAUGAAGACCCCAAAGCAGGAAUUGGAGCCUGCAGAGGCUUUGUCAGGCAUCAAGCAGCUGCUGAGGACCCCGCGGCAGAAGCCAGAACCGGUAGAGGACCUGUCUGGCAUUAGGCAGCUCAUGAGAACCCCACAGCAAGAGCCAGAACCCAUUACAGAUGAAAUUGCCCUUAAGAGGUUGCUGAAGACUCCGGUACAAAGGAGGGGAGCAGUAAAAGGCAUGGCAGGUGUUACUUCAGUCCAGAAAACCCCAAAACAGAAAUACCCACCAGUUGAAGACAUGGUUGGGAUCAGCCGCAUUUUCAAGACACCAAAGGAAAAGGUUCAACCCAUAGAAAACAUGUUUGGUAUCAGCAGAUUGGUGAGGUCUCCCAGACAGAAGAAUCAACCAGUUGAGGAUUUUAUGGGGCUGCAAAGGCUCAUGGCAGAGCCCAGGCAGAAACCUUCUGAUGGUGAAGUGGACUAUGUUGGAAUGACAGAAAUGUUUGAUACACCGGAGGAAAUGGAGGUCAGAUCAAUAAUGGAUUCUCAGCAAGAUUCUACACCUCCUUGUUCUAAUUCCAGUCAUAAACAUGAAAAUAAAGGAAAUAUUCCCCAAGGUGAAGAUUCUCCACAAAAGGAAUCAACUAGUGCAGACCAGUCUCCCCACAGACCAAGAAGGGGCAGGCCAAGGAAGACUGUCCAUCCUGCUGCAGCAAAGCAGAAUGAAAAGGAUGUGAAUUUAAAAGAAUUGCAAAGUCUGGAUACCUUCAGCACCCAAGAGGAGAUGGGAGCAAUCACACCUGAAAACAAAGGAAGAGGAAGGAGAACAAAGCGUUGCCUACAAGAAGUCGUUUCAAAGCACCCUGAUCAGGAACCACAUGGAGCUACUCAAAGACCAGGAAGAGGUAAAAGGAAAGAACUGAAGGAGUUGAAACAUCCAAGUGAGGCUCUUGAGUCUUGUGUUGAAGGUUCUUCAGUGCUACCAGAAGAGCCUGCAAAUAUGAAACAGCCUUUGCAAGAGUGUGGCGUCGAUGACAUGUUAGAAACUGGAGAUGAUCCAGCCAAAAAGACAGGAACUGGUAACAUUCAGAAGGAAAAUUGUGAGCUCCAAACAGGUGUAAAUAAACCUGAUAGCAAAUCUAAUGACAGUGGUAUAGAAGACAGUGAAGAAGUGCUUCUGUCACCCAGGAAGAGGACCAGAGGAGCAGAAAACACAGAACCACCGAUUCCACCUAAAAGAGGACGAAGAGCUCGAAAUGACCAAGUGAAACAAGAUCCUUCAGCAGAACUUCAUGGAACAACAAGGAGGCUUCGUAAAGACCCACCAGCAAAGGUCCUACAAAGAGAUGAACGGACUUUUGGCAAGGAUUCUGAGGCUGUCACAGCAGAAGAACCUGAAAAGGAAACAAAACUUGAAGUACAG